AGUCACGUUGGGAGGCGAGAGGGAGAGAGAGAGAGAGAGAGAGAGAGAGAGAGAGAGGGAGAAGUAUCUACUUACAGCUGCUGUCAGAUAUCCGAUCGCCUUCGCAUGGCGAGGAGGUAACCUGAUCGAGCUGGGAGGAGGAGUGACUCGACCAGGGAAGCCUUGCGCAGAGAGAGAGAAAAAAAAUGUCUUCUUCUUCAGCCGGAGAAGUCACAAGAGCAAAUGACAUCAAGAAGGAAAAUGUGAAGGAGGCGGACAAGCGGGAGUGCAUCAAGCUAGUGGCGCUGGAGGCGGCGGGAUUGUCCAUGGAGCGAACGGCACCCGACGCGGACGCGGACGCAGUGCGCACGGAGCUGCUCGUGAGCGCUGCCUCCUCGCUGGCCUUCUCUCCGGAGCAAGUGGCGUGCGUGUGCGAGGCUCUGCAGCAGGGGGGCAACGUGGACCGCCUGGCCCGCUUCCUUUGGUCCCUGCCCCAGAGCGACCUCCUGCGCGGGAACGAAAGCAUCCUGAAAGCCCAAGCGCUCGUCGCCUUCCACCAGGCUCGCUAUCAGGAGCUUUACAGUAUUCUGGAGAACCACAGUUUCAGCCCGUCCAACCACACCUUCCUGCAGGAUCUGUGGUACAAGGCCCGCUACACAGAGGCGGAGAAGGCGCGGGGGAGACCCCUGGGCGCCGUGGACAAAUACAGGAUCCGUAGAAAGUACCCUCUUCCCAGGACUAUCUGGGACGGCGAGGAGACGGUGUACUGCUUCAAGGAGAGGUCUCGGAACGCACUGAAGGAUCUGUACAACCAGAACCGGUACCCCUCUCCGGCCGAGAAGCGCAAUCUCGCCAAGAUUACGGGACUCUCCUUGACCCAGGUCAGCAACUGGUUCAAGAACAGGAGGCAGAGGGACAGAAACCCGUCCGAGGCUCAGUCCAAAAGUGAAUCUGAUGGAAACCACAGCACAGAGGAUGAGUCCACCAAAGGCCAAGAAGAAUUGUCACCUAGGCCCCUCUCCAACUCUUCAGACGGCGUAAUCACACAUGGGACACUUCCAAUUCAGUCGGGGGCUCUGGACAGUGGGGUAGUCAUCCAGCAAAUCGGGGACAUCAAAAUGCCUCCCGGAUCCAACAGUGGGGGUCUCUACAAUGGAAGUCUGGUCACCAACAGUGCCUCCUCUGCGGCAUUUCACAACGGCGGCUCAUCUUACCUCCACUCACCUGGGAACAUUCUCUUCAACGGGCUCAAUUUGGGCAUCCAGCCUCUGACUUUCAACUCUCUGAGGCCGUCCGGAGGGGUGCUGCUGGGUGGCUCCGGAGUGGACAUGCAAGAGAAAGGACUGGGAGGCUCUGCUGAGGACUCUGCCCUGCAAUACACCUCCCCCUACUCGGGCUGUGUGAACGGAGGGCCCGUGAAGCUGGAGGGGGUUCACACCAUGGCCGCCCAGAACGGAGGCUCGUCCGUGCUGACCUUCAGCUCCUCGCUGGGCGGCUACAGCCUGGUGCAGGUGCCCAGCGGAGUGUCUGACAGUGAUGGAAGCUCGCUGCUUAACAGCGAUGUCGGCCUUACUCCCCUUCAGCUCUCUUCCUCGUCCUCUUCCUCCUCGAUCACACAAGGUACAAUACCUCUGAACGAUGUCGCAGUGAGCUCCUCCAGUGACGACUCCUUCCAGCAGCAGGACAAGCUGGCCAUGACCUCCUUGCACCACAGCACCGUCCUCUACGGUAUGAACGUCAACCAACCGCCCAUCAAGAAGGAGCCUCUGGAGGGAGGGGUCUAUUCCUCAUACCACCACGGGCUCCACCUGGACCCGAGCGGGCAGAUCAGCUACUCCACCCCCAGCUCCGCAGAGGCUCCAUCAAACCAGGUGCCGGUCUCCGUCACCGCCGCCACCUCGUCCAACCCCGAGGUCUACACCACGCUCACCGUCAGCACGGCGCUUAUGGCCCAAACGAACCCGAGCGGUCACCACCUCCAGCCCGCCGAGUACCUCAGGGGACACGAGGUCAGGGCGGCCCAGCCUUCACACCUAAUGGGCCCCUGCAUGGACAACGACUACAUGAGCCUGUCAGAGAACAAGGUGGAUGGCAGAGGGCCGGCGGGCGUGACUGACAUGGUGCGGGUCAUGUGCGGCAACAUGGAGCCUGAGGAGGAGAAGGAGCUAGCCAAACUACAGACAGUGCAGAUGGAUGAAGACAUGGCUGACCUUUAACCUUUAAGCAGCACUCAUGUCCAUGCGAGGAGCGAAAAUCUUUUGUGUGUGUGUGUGUGUGUGUGUGUGUACUUUUUAAAAAAUCAUUAUUUCUUUUAUCUGUUAAAUUAUUUGACAAUACUGUGUUGACUCAUACGAUGCACUCAAGUAAGACAAAAGGCCUGUUAGCAGGUCUGGACAUUUAUGCAAAAAAAUUAUUAUUAACAUUUUUAAAAACAAGCUCUGUUCUUCCCAUCAAAUGUCACAUAGGCUCACUGCAGAAGUUGGCGAAUGUUGUUUGGGCCAUGUUUAAAAGUGCAGUUUUACAGGCAACACCUGCUACUUCCUGUUGAGUGGACUUGAUUUGCCGAAGCAGGUGCUGGCAUGCCGCAAGUCACGUGACCAUGAUGUUCCUCCAAACUAAAUGCGUCAUCUGGGUCAAACCAAAAAGGUCAUUCAUAGGGGGAAGAGGGGGAGCAUGUCUGUGGAAGUGGGCCAGUUUUACUGAAGGACUGCGCACAUAUAUGGACAAUAUGUCAUUUAACACACAAAGCUGCUCAUUUCGGACAAAGUGCCCUUCAGUAAGCACCUUAAAUUGCCUCUCAAGUCUCAAAGAUGAAUGUACCUUUUUUGGCAUUUGCACUACCAUCACACCAUUAUACGGCCGUCACACUGUUUUCGACGGGCCUCAACAAAUGCACACGUUUCUACAGCAAAAGCUAUCUUUAAGCCUCGUCGUCAACUGUGAGGCACAGAACUGAAUGAAAAGGUCACACUGUGGGGUUCACAUGUCGUUCAUGUUGUUAAAAACGCAGCUACGUUAAGUAGGUGUGAUGAUGCUAUGCUCUUUCGUGUUUCGUUUUAACGUGCCUCUUCAAAUGUGGGCGAUUCUGGAUGCUUCCCAAAUGUAUCAGGAACAAAAAAGGUCAUAAGUAUUUUUUUAAAACAGAGAGGAGUUGCAAUGAUUUCUCUUCAUCAUAAGGUUAUGCAUAUUUUGACUCUUUUGCUUUUUACAUUGUGAAUAACACUGAAAGGAAGCUAUGCUAUCUGAAGACAAGACGUCAGAUUCAGAGAGUUUCCACCACCUCCACCAUUGCUUUCACUGGAAUAUUUGUUGGGUGUCAGAUUAGGAAAAGACAAAAGAAUGUGGAGGCCAUUUGUCAAGUGGGUCUGGUACUUUUUUUUUUUUUUUUUUUUAACUACGGGAGCCUACAUUCUCCCUGUCAUAUAUGACUACAAUAGCACAUUUCAGCCUUACGGCCAACUCACAGCAUUCAUACCUCUGAGUGCAUCACACUUUUUUUUUUUGCCCGACUCAUAAUGAAAUUCUGUCAAUUUCCCAGUGCUUUAACUUCAUAUAGAAAA